AUGUUGAGAGGCAUUUUGUUGGCCUUGACUGGACUCACCCUUCUGUUGCCCCUGCCGCCCUGGGAUUUUCCCGCCACCUGUUUGAGACAUUCUGCACCACAUUUGCCCCUCGAAAGUGAGCAUCAUCCUUUGCUCGCUCUCCUCUCUCCUUCCUCUUUUGUUGUGUCUUGGGAGAUAGUGAAAGACAACAUUCUACACCACUUCCGAGGAGAUGAGGUGUGGUGUGACGAUCAUGAUGUGAGGAGGGGAAUGGGUGGCGUGAGGAAAGGAGUGGGGAUAGUGGGGCAUGGAGACCCUGAAGUGUACCACAUGAGCAUCUUCCAUGCCUCACACCAUCUCUCGCCCGUACCUGCCACCGCCAAACAGCAAGCAGACGAGGUGCGGGCAGUCAAGGGCGUGAGCAAGCGCCUGUGUCCACCGCGUGUCUCUUUGGACCGGGUCUCACCGCCACUGGCGGUGGUGAGGGAGCUAUGGAACGUGGAGGAGAUGGAUGUGUUGGCGCUGGCGUUACAAGGCAAUAUGAGCGUCAAGCGAUUCAACCUCACAUGCAUCCAACCAGACUGGGUUGGCACAAUAUAG